GCACGUUGAUUUGCUGUAUCUCGCUGAGCAGAGCUUUGCACCUGGGGCCGGAGAGCUGAUCCCUUCUUCACCAUGAGCUGCAGCAUCAAGAGAACAUCCAGCACCUCGUACCGGAGCGGAGCAGGAGCUGGAGGCGCCUGCGGCGGCAGCAGCGGCCGCAGCUCCUCCGUGUCCUGCCGGCGCUACGCGUCCUCCGUGAUCGGCGGCGGCUACGGCGGGGCAGCGUGCGGGGGCUACGGCGGCGGCCUGAGCAUGGGCGGCCUGGCCGGGGGCUUCGGCGGGGGCUUCGCGGGCAGCUGCGGCCCCGGGGGGGACCUGCUGCUCAGCGGCAAUGAGAAGGUCACCAUGCAGAACCUCAACGACCGCCUGGCCGCUUACCUGGAGAAGGUGCGAAGGCUGGAGGAGGAGAACGCUCAGCUUGAGCACCACAUCCGCGAGUGGUACAGGAAACAAGCUCCCAGCGUUUCCAAGGACUACAGCUCCUACUACCAGACCAUCGAGCAACUCCAAAAUCAGAUUAUUUCUGCCACUGUGGACAACAACAGAAUGCUUCUGGACAUUGAUAACAGCAAGAUGACUGCCGAUGACUUCCGAAUGAAGUAUGAGAAUGAGCUGGUCAUCCGUCAGACUGUGGAGGCUGACAUCAAUGGCCUGAGAAACAUCCUGGAUGGUCUCACUACCACUCGGUCUUCACUGGAAUCCGAGCUGGAGUCCUUGAAGGAUGAGCUGAUUGCUCUGAAGAGAAACCAUGAGGAGGAAAUGAGGCAGCUCCAGUCCCAAACUGGUGGUGAUGUGAGCGUGGAGGUCAAUGCUGCCCCUGGAGAAGACUUGACAAAGAUCCUGAAUGACCUGAGAGAUGAAUAUGAGCAGAUCAUUGAGAAGAACCGCAGGGAGGUGGAGCAGUGGUAUGAGGUCAAGAUCCAAGAAGUCAAUCAGCAGGUCACUUCCAGCAGCCAGGACAUCCAGACCAGCAGCCACCAGCUCAGCGAGCUGAGGCGCGAGAUGCAGAACCUGGAGAUCGAGCUGCAGGCUCAGCUCAGCACGAAAAGCUCUCUGGAAAACUCCCUGGCAGAAACUGAGUCUCGCUAUGGCCGCAUGCUCCAGCAAAUCCAAGCACAGGUCAACUCUGUGGAGGAGGAGCUGGGCAGCAUCCGCUGUGAGAUGGAGGGUCAGAGCCAGGAGUACAAGAUGCUCCUGGGCAUCAAGAUGCGCCUGGAGCAGGAGAUCCAGCAGUACCGGGCACUGCUGCAGGAGGGGCAGCAGGAUCUUGUAUCAUCUCAAGGAGCUCUCCAAGGAGGAGGAACAUCCUCCCACUCUUACUCUUCUAGUUCCUACUGUCAUGGUCAAUCUAGUGACAAGGCAGGGCAGUCAAGAGUGUGUUAAGACAGCUCCAUCGUGUUGGGUUCCCUGGUGCAGUUCCCAGUGCCGUGGGAGCAGCCUGGCCCCCAGAGUGGUACUGCAGCACCCACACACACUGUGACCUACCCCUGCACACACUGCUCUCCAAAUGCUACUCAUGAAAUCAGAAUUAAUGAUUACUAUGCUUUUCAUAAAACUAUCUAUUCCUCCCUUUUCACACUGUCCAUCAUUGUGAUCACUGUGCUUACACACAGUGCACUUGGUUCUCUACUGGGCAACAAUCCCUCGAAUAAAGCUUUACCUUUCUGCA